GGUGUGUACGCGGUGGAAAAGCUCUCCGCGCCAGCAGCCAGCAAAGACAGUCCGAGCCUGUCCUCGAGAGCUUUCGCUGUAUCGCGCGCGCGACUCGAUACACGUACACAUUGUAUACCUAUACAUAUGCACGCAGAUGAUAGAGGCAGCUGCAGCCGCAAAAAAGAGCGUCGUGUGGCAACCCGAGGCAGUGCAAGAAAAAACGUCCAUCGGUCAGAAAAGCGCGUAGAGAUAGAUCGCGCGACAUCGUAGUAUAUCGCGAGCACAGAGCAGAGAGCGUCGAGGCAGCAGCGCAAGUAGUAAGGCUGCCAGCAGUAGUAGUAUCAGUAGUAGUAGUAGUAGUAGUAGCCAAGCCGAUCGAUGAAAGCUCUGUGUUCUCUCGCGUACCAGUGCCCAUGUGCGUGACUCGGAGAGCGGGAGGAAGGAGAGAAUCAGCAGCAGCAGCAGAGGCAGAGGCAGCCAGCAGCAGCACGAGUCGAAGAGGAGUCGAGGCAGUGCUCCGCGCCGCCACCGCCGCUUCUUCCGUUGUUCCUGCCGCCGCUGCUGGCCGUUCCCAUUGAAAUAUUGUAUUGAAAAGAAAAUUUGAAAACUCAUCAAUCAUGGCGUUCGCGGGUCUGAAAAAGCAAAUCAACAAAGCCAACCAGUAUAUGACGGAGAAAAUGGGCGGCGCGGAAGGAACAAAGCUCGACGACGAGCAGCUCGUGGAAAUGGAGAGGAAAACGGACGUGACGUUCGAGCUCGUCGACGAGCUGCAACUGAAAACCAAAGAAUUUCUCCAGCCGAAUCCGACGGCCCGAGCGAAAAUGGCAGCCGUCAAGGGCAUCGGCAAACUCAGCGGCCAGGCCAAGGCCUCGACUUACCCACAGGCCGAAGGCAUCCUCGGCGACUGCAUGCUGCACUACGGCAAAAAAAUGGGCGACGAGAGCAUCUUCGGCCAAGCCCUGAUCGAGGUCGGCGACGCCAUGAAACAGAUGGCCGACGUCAAGUACUCGCUCGACGACAAUAUCAAGCAGAACUUCCUGGAGCCGCUGCACCACCUGCAGAUGAAGGACCUGAAGGAGGUGAUGCACCACCGCAAGAAGCUGCAGGGCCGACGGCUGGACUUCGAUUGCAAGCGGCGCUGCCAGGCCAAGGACGACGAGAUCCGCCAGGCCGAAGAGAAGUUCGCCGAGAGCCUGCACCUGGCUCAGAUGGGCAUGUACAACCUGCUGGAGAACGACAUCGAGCAGGUCGCGCAGCUGGCCACGUUCAGCGAGGGUCUGCUCGAGUACCAUCAGCAGUGCGUCGAGAUCCUGCGGACCCUGUGCGAGCGACUCAUGGAGAAGAAGGAGGAGGCGGCGAACCGGCCCAAGGACGAGUUCCAGCCGAAAACCCUGUCCGAUUUGCGCAUAGACGCCAUUCACUUGAGUGGCGACGGCAUGAACGGCAACAAGCGCUCCCAGCUCGACCUCUUCCCAGCGAAUCAGCCCCCGAGCUCGACCAACGCGUCGCCGUUGGCCUCGCCGAGCGUCAUACGCUCACCGGCCAAGACGCCGAUGCAGCCGCAGCCGGGACAGCAACAGCAGCAGCAGGGACAGCCGGGACAGCAGCCGCAACAGCAGCAGCAACAGCGACAGCCGUGUUGCACAGCUCUGUACGAUUUCGAGCCGGAGAAUCCGGGCGAGCUCGGCUUCAAGGAAAACGAUACGAUCACUCUGAUAAAGAAGAUCGACGAUAACUGGUACGAGGGCACUGUUAACGGUCGCACAGGCUACUUUCCCGUGUCCUACGUUCAAGUUGUCGUGCCGUUGCCUUAAGCCGUUUAAGCUUACAAGCACACAUGUAAUCCGUGUCUCUUGAUCGUGCAUCUAUUCAAAUUAACAUUAUCAUUCAUAACUAUCGCUACGAGUUAUUGUAUUGAAAACAAAAAUAUUCAAAUAAUUGAGACGCGCGCACCGCGUCACAGCUGGUAUGUAAUCGUGUGCGUGUGCCGAGUCUGCAUGAGUGUGUGUCUGAGCGUGUGCGUGUGAUGCUGUUGUGCAUGAUAACCGACGAUAAUAAUGACUUUUACCUUCGGAUUACCCAAAAUAAUAAUUAACUAUUACAAUACUGUUAUAUGCAAGUCCUAUAAUAUAACAAUUAUUCUUGUGUCAUCGAUGGUGUUAUUAUAUUCAAGUAACGAUUUUCUCGCGCUGUGACUGUUACAAAUCUAUUCUAAAUAAUUUUAAUAGCGUUUCUAAACGAUACUCUUUCUUAUUUCUAUCAUUUUACAGUCUUCUUGUCCGUUUGCUCGUUUUAAACGUUUUUAUUAUAGAUAGGUACCGAAACUCUAUAUAAGAUAAUAUAACAAAUGAUGAAGUAUGACUGUACAAGUUAAUGUACAUAUACACACAACGCAUAAAUUGCUAUUCGAACAUUUUUUUAUGGGAUAACAAGUCGAUAAUAAUGGCUGAAUCUUCUUCAAUCGAAUAGCUAAUUGAAAGAAAAAACUACCAAUAAAAAAAUGAUAGGAAAAUUUUUUAAAAUUGUAUUUGUGCGUGUACACUGCGGUCUAUUAAAUUAAGUGAAGCUCGCGCCGAUCAUAGUUAUCCGCGAAUUUAGUCAGCUCUGAUUCGAUCAUUCAGGAGUUGUGUUAGAAAUCUGGGAAAACGUGAGACAGAGACAAAGAUAAUAAGGAAGAAAGAGAAAAGGAUAGGUAUCGAAAACAACAAAGUCAAGCUUUUUAGAUUGUAUUGUACUUGAUGCGUCGAGCGUUGAAAUUUUUUUCAUCGGAUAUUGUCUAUGUUUUGAUCAACAGCGUAAAAAAACACAAUAAAAGUAUUAAACACAAAGGUGCCUACUUAUUGAAUGGAUGAUGAGUUAACAAGAAUAAAUUGAUAUUAGGAAACAUAUCUCGACACGAUUAACUUAUAUGCAUUUAAAAUAUUCUAUAUGAUACGAUUUAGAUUGUAGACCUAGAUUUCUGAUACUCUCCCGAUCGUUUAAUUGUCUAUGAUGGUAGAAAAAAUUGAGAAAAAAAAA